GUUGUUUUUGCUCGGAAACCUUUGAGCUUCCGAGGUUUUGAUGCUUGAGCCGCUGGGCUUCCCGGCCGCUUAAGCAUGUUGGAGCCGCCCUGUGCUCCCUCCUCCUACAACCCUUUCGGAUCUAGCGACCCUCGGCUCUAUCCUGCAAAUCUUGUUAGGUGCUCGCUGUUUUUGGUUUGCUUGCAGAUUCGGCGGUGGUCCCCUCCAUCCGGUAGUUUCUAUUGGUGGCAGUGCACGCGGGAAUCCCAGAUUUGGCAACCUCGCGACCCACUUGCUGCCUCCAGGAUCGGCCUUCGCCUAAUCGGGACUCCACAUCGACAUCCUGGAGCCUGGCACACCUUCCACAUGAGUAGAUUGAAGGAUGUCCCGUUUAGAUCGCUCGACUAAAAGCCACUGUAUAGCUGGGCCCUUAAUGAUUGUUCGAGUGUCAUGUGCACCUCCCUUCGACUUCUGAAUAUGGGUCUAUUUUAGUUUCUUGCUCCUGAUGUAAUUUUACUGUUUAUUUUUUCUGUAAAUGCAGUAUAACGGUGUAUGAAAUGAACAAAUUUCGUUAUG